GAUCAAUAAAGAAUGAAAACAACAAUAGAAAAUGACAGAGACAGAGAGUGUGUGAAAUGCAGCAGUGUUGCCAACUGUCGGUGGUAAGGCUUCCACUUCUCUUCUUCCUAGUAUCUUCUCUCUCUCCAGCUAUAUAAAUCCCAUUUUUUGAAGAAUUAGAGAGAGAGAGAGAGAGAUUUGAAUGCAACAGGUGAAAUUGCAGCAGUUUCCUGUGAGUUAGUGUCCGUCUCUUAUGCUCUUUGUCCCCUCAUCGGAUCUUGGGUUUCUUCUCUUUUCAUCAAAGGGUGAUUCAAUUCCUAACCUAAUUUUGUAGUUUAGGUUAACAAUCAGGGUGAGGAAAAAAAUUGCCUCUUUGUGAGAGGAACAGUUUAAAAAAUUACUUAUAAUAGUGUAUGUAAGUUUAGUCCAAAGUUUAAUUAUUAGUUUUGUGGGGUUGGGAUGGAUGAUAGAAAUAUGAAAGGGGAGGGUGGUGAAGUUGAUAUUGAAAGUGGGUUGGUAGUAACUAAAGAUGAUUCGGGUAAUACUAAACAAGAAAGGACAUUAUUUGCUAAGAUUUAUUGUGGUAUUGUUGGAGAUUCUAUAAAAGUUGAAGAAAGAAAUAGUGUAUUAUACUUGAAAGAUUCAAAUUUGAGUGGAGAUUCUGUGAACAUGGUGAAAGAGACUAACAAGUUGUUGACGGGGCAGGACUUGGUGAAAAGUGUAGAGAAUAGUCCGGUUAAGGAGAAACGGAAAAAAUCUAGUAACAAAAAGGCUGCUAAACCUCCUAGAGCUCCACGAGGGCCGUCGUUGGAUGCUGCUGACCAAAAGCUAAUUAGGGAGAUUACUCAACUUGCCAUGCUGAAGCGUGCGAGGGUAGAGCGUAUGAAAGCUUUGAAAAAGAUGAAAGCUGCUAAAGCGUCAUCGUCUCCCAGUAGCAGCAUGUUUGCCAUGGUUUGCACUGUUGUCUUCUGUAUUGUGAUCUUAUUUCAAGGCAUAUCAUCAUCUGGAAAGAGUUCAGUGACAAGUUUCCAGGGGUCUCCUGUAUCUGCAGGAGGAGCUGAAGGUGAUCUGAUUGCAGUUCAACUUCAACACCAAUUGAAUCAAAUUUCAAUUCAACAACAUGCACCUUCUUCAGAGUCUCACAAAAUUGUACGUGGUUCAUAUUUGUCGAGAAAACUGAGAUGAGAUGAAGGUUAGUGCAGAUUUACUGACAAUAAAGAUGGUUUUACGGCCUUGUGCAUCUCACACAAGCCCCUUUUUUUUUUUUUUUUUUUGUCUUCCAAUGUAUUUCUUUACAUUGUGAUUUAAGGUGUUGGGUAAUUUAUCCCCUGAAGUGUACGCAUAUUUACUCAAUGAUGAGGGUGAAGUUUAGACUUGUAGGAAAUUUUGCUUUUGAUGUUUCAUGUGAUUAUCUGUAAUCACCUAAUUAUUUUAUAUCAAUGUCUUUCUAUCUGCAA